GUAUAAAUAGGUUUGGGUUUAGAGAGCCACAGUCAUGCACAUACACUUGUAUGGUUUAUAAUCUACCAAAGCAAAAGAGAGAGAGGGCAUAAUCAUCAUCAAGAAAAGAGAGAUGAAGAGCAACCAAGUUCGUUUGAACUGUGGGAUUACCAUGCCAGUCUUGGGACUUGGCACUUUUACCUUCCAAAAUGAUAGGGAGAAAACACAACUCGCCAUUCAUACUGCACUUGAGAUGGGUUACAGGCACCUUGACACAGCAAAAGUGUAUGGUUCUGAGCCUGCAGUGGGGAAUGUUUUAAGAGAGGCAAUUCUUGACCAAACAGUUAACAGAGGAGACGUUUUUGUUACAUCUAAACUAUGGGGGAGUGAUCAUCAUGAUCCUGUUUCAGCUCUCAAGCAAACUCUAAAGAACUUGGGCAUGGAGUAUCUAGACAUGUAUUUGGUGCACUGGCCAGUGAAGCUAAAGCCUUGGGCUUGUUAUCCUGUGCCCCAAGAAGAAGAUUUUGUGGAGUGCUUAGACAUUGAGUCGACAUGGGCUGGAAUGGAGAGAUGCUUGGAUUUGGGAUUGUGUAGAUGCAUUGGUGUCAGCAAUUUCUCCAGCAACAAAAUCAUACAAUUGAUGGAUUUUGCUUCUGUACCUCCAGCUGUCAAUCAGGUGGAAAUGCAUCCAAUGUGGAAACAAAGCAAGCUCCGAGGCGUCUGUGCAGAUUACAGGAUCCAUGUAAGUGCUUAUUCACCGCUUGGUGGCCCUGGAAAUUCAUGGGGAUCAACUGCUGUGGUGGAUCAUCCAAUCAUGAAAUCCAUUGCUUUCAAACACAAAGCCACUCCAGCUCAGGUUGCUUUAAAGUGGGGAUCAUCAAAAGGGUCUAGCAUGAUUGUGAAGAGCUUCAAUCAGAAGAGGAUGAGGGAAAACAUGGAGGCCCUCAAUCUCAAAUUAGACGAUCAAGAUAUCGUUGACAUUGACAAAAUGGAGGAGCGGAAAAUCAUGAGAGGAGAGGUAUACGUUAACAGUACAACAAGUCCAUACAGGACAAUUAUAGAUCUUUGGGAUGCUGAAAUUUGAAGGAUCUAUACUAUGUUAUUGUGCCCAUUUCCCAGUGAAUUUUACAAUAUUCAAGUGUCCGCCUGUAUCUUUCCCCUUUCUUCUUAUGUUUUUUUUAUGUCAUAUAUCUAAAUGGCAAGUCAAGCAGGCAUGUGGGCAAUCUUGCGCAAGCUUAGUUGAAACAAAACAUGCACUUGUAUCCUGUAGAUUGAGCAUGUCUUUCUAAAACGCUAGACUGGCAACCUUUUCCUCAA